AUGGCGACGGAGAGAGAUCCGCUGCUGGUGAAUGGAGGCAAUGAGCAUCCAAUGCAACAUCGUCGUCUCGGACCUCGAGACAUUGCGAGCUCGACGCGCUACGCAAUUCUGGUUGGUUUGUGGUCUGCAAAUUUCCUUUCGUUUUUGAACUUAACCCUAGUCGUAACUUUGCUGCCAUCCAUCUCCUCUGACUUCAACCGCUCAAAUGAAGCUAGCUGGCUUGGUACAUCAUACUUGCUUGCCACCUGCACUUUUACACCUUUGUACGGACGGUUAUGCAAUAUCAUGGGCAGACGGGGUGCAGGUCAGUUGGCUAUCUCUAUGGCAGCGCUGGGGACCCUUUUGUGUGGAUUUUCCACGAACAUGGAGAUGUUGGUUGCUGCCCGAUUUCUCUCUGGUAUGGGAGGUGGUGGUAUUCAAACGACUUCCUCGAUCGCUACGAGUGAUAUGUAUUCCAUACGGUCGAGAGGGCUUGCGCAAGGGGUAGAAAGUCUGUUCAAUGGCCUGGGCAUGGGUCUGGGAGGACCUAUAGGAGGUCUCAUAAGCGACCGGUUUGGUUGGAGAUGGGCGUUCUUGAUACAAGUGCCCUUUUUUGCACUGUCGCUCGCUCUUACGACUUACAACUUGCGAUAUGUCACCCCCGGAGACAGCAAAAGCACCAAAGAGGUUCUGAAGAGAAUUGAUUAUGGCGGUAUUUUUACCCUUUUACUUUCUGUCGGAUCGUGCUUGGUGUUCUUGAGUAUGAAAUACAACGAGGAUCUCCCGUGGUCGAACCAAUGGGUAUACGUACCGCUGGCUCUCGCUGGCAUUUUUCUCGUAGUUUUUAUUUUGGUAGAGUUGUUAGUUGCGCCCGAGCCUAUGAUGGCGCCAUCACUCUUGAAACAGAAGGUCCCUAUCCUUAUUGGAGCCAGCAACGUCCUUGUGUCAUCGUGCAGCUUGUCCGUGAUGUAUUUUUUUCCGAUGUGGUUUCAGACAGUAGAUCUCGCAAGUGCAUCCACGGCGGGCUCGCAUAUGGUUCCGUACAGUGUAUCCAUGCCACUCGGGUCCUUGUUCGCCGGAUGGAUGAUCCACCGCACCGGGAAGUAUAAACGUAUCAACCUUAUCUUCGGUUUCUGCCCAUUCAUCGGGAUCGCUCUCAUUACUUUGAUUCGGGAGGACUCUGGGCCACUGCAAAAGUGGCUGAGCACUAUCCCAGUCGGGUUUGGCAACGCCGUGAUUUUACAGACAAACCUCGAGAGUUCGAUGGCCGUUGGCACUGGUUUCAUACAGCUUUUCCGAGGCUUGGGACAAGUAGCGGGCGUUGCGAUUUCAUCUGCGCUAUUCCAGUUCAAACUUGACCACGAGCUUCGGUCAAGGAUACACGGUGAUGGCGCAGCAGAGAUUGUGAGUAAGAUCAGGCAUUCUACCACCUUCAUGGGGAAGUUGCCGCCGGAUUUGCAACGCGUAGCAAGAGACUCAUACGCCAUAAGUCUCCGCGCUGUGUUCGCACUUGCUACGUGUUGUGCGUUGUUGGCGUAUAUCAUCCGACUACCGAUCCCCGAGAAAAAGUUAGACCGUCGUCCAGGGGGGACUGAUAAGUCCACUAGUCCCGAUUCUCCUGCCAAUGGGCACGCCGUCGAUUCUGACGAAGAAGACACUCCGCGGUUUCCUUCCCAACGCGGGCGAAGGUUCCGUACACCUGAGUCAACAGAAGGCACACAAGACUUGGAAAGUGCCUCGAUCGAAAGUUCUGCCAGACAGCGAUAA